AUGAUGAAAAGCCGUUUAUUCGCCCAUUAUGGUCGUUUGGCAUUUCGAGCUGUUGUAACUGGUGGUGUAUUAAUUGACGUGGCACAUACUGAAUGUCGACCGUCUGUAUCGACGAAUCGCUUUUAUGCUGCUGUUUCGUCAAAUUCAGUUAAUGAACAUGAUCACAAAGUUCAUACAAGUUGUUGUGGUUUCCCAAAGAAUUUAAUUGGUGGCGCAUCAAUGGUGCUGGAUCAAGGUGUUAUUGGAGAGGAUGCUUGCUUUAUUGCAAGAAUUAACAACACAUAUGUUGUUGGAGUUGCUGAUGGUGUCGGUGGAUGGCGUAAAUACGGAAUAGAUCCAUCUGAAUUUUCCAGUCGACUAAUGAAUAUAUGUUCAGAUAUAGUCCGAAAAGGGGAGUUCGAACCGAUGAGGCCAGAUCUUUUAUUGGCAAAAGCCUUCGAAACGUUAGCACUGCCACCACGCCCUGUUGGUUCAUCUACUGCCUGCGUACUAAUUGUGCAUAGAGGCAUGUUACAUUCAGCGAAUUUAGGCGAUUCUGGAUAUCUUGUUCUUCGCAAGGGUGAAAUUGUUUACAAAAGCCGUGAGCAGACGCAUUAUUUUAAUGCACCUUUUCAACUUUCGUUGCCUCCGGAAAACUCGCCAUUCUCCGGAUUUAUCGGCGAUUCACCGGAUAUGGCUGAAUUGCACAGUAUAAGUUUAAAGAGCGGUGAUAUAAUCGUUUUGGCAACUGAUGGGUUGUGGGAUAAUGUUUCCGAAAAUCUUAUUGUUGAACAGCUCAAGGAUAUUCAGCCUGGGGAUCUGCAGUCCGCAUGUAAUUCAUUGGCACUUUCCGCUAGAAGGUUAGCGUUUGAUACACGGCAUACAUCACCAUUUGCUGUUAAAGCUUCGAAGCAUGGAAUUGAUGCACCUGGUGGUAAACCUGAUGACAUAACUUUGGUACUUUUACUGAUAGCAUAA